UCAACACUUUAUUGAACAUUUUUAUUUUUUAUUAAUAGCAUGUCCAGUCUGUAGUAGGAUCAGAGAAAAGCAUCAAACCCCUGCGAAGACCGACGGUGUGGCACCAUGUUGGAAAUAUAUAAGGUGGCAAUCCUGCUGUCUGUCCUGGCUUCAGCGGCUCUGGGCCAAGGACCUGUGAGGACCAGGAGCCAGUCGGACCGGACCAGGAGAGUCGCCCCCAACACCCUCACCGACACCCAGACAACAGACGUGACGGAGUGGACGUCUUGGUUCAACAUCGAUCAUCCCGGAGGGAACGGAGACUACGAGCGCCUGGAGGCCAUCCGCUUCUAUUACAGGGAGAGGGUCUGCGCUCGGCCCAUCGCCAUGGAGGCCCGCACCACCGACUGGGUGGCGCCGGCAGACACCGGGGAAGUGGUCCACUCCAGUCUGGAGAAGGGCUUCUGGUGCGUCAACAACGAGCAGCCCCGGGGCCGCGUCUGCUCCAACUACCACGUCCGCUUCCAGUGCCCCCCAGUGCAGAGCUACUGGACUAAUUGGAGAGAGUGGGGUCCCUGUUCCACCGCGGUGUGUAACGACGUGGGCAUCCAGGUGCGCCAGAGGAAGUGUGUGAACACGCAGCCCAUGCCUCUGCUGCUGGUGCCGGCGUGCAUCGGCCACCACUCGGAGAGGAGGGAGUGCUCCAACCCGCCGUGUGCCGCCAAGUGGGGCCCGUGGGGUCGGUGGGGGUCGUGUUCGGCGACCUGUGGUGGCGGUCGCAGGAUUAGGAGGAGGACCUGUGCGAGGAGUUCAGGGACCGUUCAGUGCACCGGGCGGCCGGCGGAAAGACAGAAGUGUGGGAGGAGUCCGUGUCCAGCCAAAUGUCAGCUGGUGUGCAGCGAGGGUCGCCCCAGCGAGGACUGCAGCCGGUGCACGUGUGACGACCACGUGCUGCGCGGCGAGGUCCUCGGCGUGACCGGCGUUCCCGUGGCAAACGCCCGGGUGGCGCUGGACAGGGAGCCCAAGGUGAUCCGCGCCCUCACAGACGCCAAAGGUCAGUUCAGGAUCACGGGAAUCUGCUCCUUAAGCUCCACCUCGAUCGCCAUCAGGAAGGAGAAGUUUGCCCCCAUCACCGUCUCCGCCGUCAGCAACGGCACAGGGUCGUCAUGGUUACGAGCUGUCCUCAGAUCAGCCGAGAAGCCGUACAUCGUGAAACACCCGGAGGACAAAGUGCGUUACGAGGGAGGACGAGUGAUGAUGUGCUGCAAGGCAACGGGGUCACCGACACCUGACAAAUACUACUGGUACCACAAUGGGACUCUUCUGGACAGGAAGCUGUACAAGUACGAAGAGGACCUGGUCCUGUGGAGCCUGAAGCCGGAGCAGUCCGGGCAGUACUACUGCAAGACCAGCAGCUCCGCGGGCAGCAUCAAGUCCUCUCCAGCCCUCCUCACUGUCAUCGCCAAAGGAAAGCCAACGUGCAACUCCACCCCCGAGAUGCACCUCAUCAGACUGCCGAUGGACUGCGUUCAACCCGGGACUGACUCCAUGCACUACAACACCGGCCGCUGCCUUCACAACAAAUGCGCCGGCUCCCUGGACUUCGAUAUGCGCUGCAGAGACGAAGCCGGGUUCUGCUGCGGGGUCAAAGACAUGGAGAGUCGAGACAUCGAUUGCGGGAGCUACAUCCUCCCGAUCCGGGCUGUGACUCAGUGCAGCUGUCAGAAGUGUUUGCAGCCCACUGUGCUUGUUCGCGGCAGAGUGUUCACAGUUGACAAUGGUGAUCCUCUGCGUUUUGGGCACAUCUACAUCGGUAAAGAGAGGGUGGGCACCACCGGGUACCAAGGAGGCUUCACCUUGCAAAUUCCACCUGAUACGCAGAGAUUAGUGGUCAAUUUUGUUGACCCCACUGAGAAGUUUCUUGACACUCCCAAAGUGUUCAUCCUCGAUAAGAGAGGCGGGUCCGUCUACCACGAUGUGAAGGUGAUGAGAAAGAAGAAACCAAUUGACAUAAAUGCCGCAGAAACCAACUCUAUUAACCUCGGGGAAAUUGAUGGCGAAGACCCCAUUGGUCAGUUGUUGAUUCCUCCCAACUCCUUCCACAAGGACAAUGGAGACAUCUACAAGGGAACUGUGAAAGCCAGCGUCACAUUCAUUGACCCCAGAAACAUCACCACGGCGGCCGCGGCACCUGGCGAUCUCAACUUUGUGGACGGUGAGGGCAACAUGCUCCCUUUGAGGACCUAUGGCAUGUUCUCUGUGGACUUCAGAGAUGAGACCAACAAGGAGAUACUCGGAGCUGGAACUGUUCAAGUUCUUCUCGACACGCAGCAUGUCAAAAUGCCGGAACACAUUCCCAAAAUGAAACUGUGGUCUCUGAACCCGGACACGGGGGUAUGGGAAGAGGAGAGCAACUUCUCCUACACCGCGACGACUUCCGGCGGUCAUGGGCGGAGCAAACGAGAGGAACGCACAUUCCUCAUAGGCAACAUGGAGAUCAGAGAGCGUAGGCUCUUUAAUCUGGACGUGCCUGAAAACAGACGCUGCUACGUCAAAGUCCGUGCCUACAUGAACGACAAGUUCCUAUCUAGUGAACAGCUGGAGGGCGUUGUGAUCAGCUUGAUAAAUUUAGAACCGGAACCUGGAUUUUCCUCCAACCCUAGGGCAUGGGGCCGCUUCGACAGCGUCAUAACUGGGCCCAACGGGGCUUGUUUACCGGCUUUCUGUGAUGCCCAAAGGCCCGAUGCUUACACAGCUUAUGUCACAGCAAUAAUGGGUGGGGAAGAACUGGAGGCAGCUCCCUCCGCCCCCAAGAUGAAUCCAAACAUCAUUGGUGUGUCCCAGCCAUACCUGGAUAAAAUAAAUUACCAGCGCUCAGACCACGACGAUCCGGCUCUGAAGAAAACGGCCUUCAAAAUGAACUUGGCGAAGCCAAAUCAAAAUAAUUUUGAUGAGUCGAAUGGGCCAAUAUAUGCGUAUCAGAAUGGAUUAAGUUGUGAAAAUGCCCCUACUGAUGCGAAUCAUUUCAGAUUCUUCAGAGUGGAAAAGGACAAGUAUGAAUACAAUGUUGUUAGCUUCAAAGAGACCGAUUUGACGACCUGGAUGGGCGACUACCUCUCCUGGUGGCCCAACCCCCAAGAGUUCAGAGCAUGCUUCAUCAAGGUCAAGAUCCAUGGACAGAAGGAAGUGAUGGUCAGGUCGAGGAAUUUCGGGGGAACACACCGAGAAACGAAAGGUAAACUUUAUGGCAUAAGAGACAUCCGCAGCACCCGGGACAUGCGAGAAGCCAACACCUCAGCGGCCUGUUUGGAGUUCAAAUGCAGCGGUAUGUUGUUUGAUCAAGCUGAGGUGGACCGAUCUAUCAUCUCAGUGCUUCCACAGGCGAACUGUCGCAUGACCAAAACCAACAGCCUCCUCCAGGAGUACCUCAUCAAGCAUCCACCGGUUGCUCCAAACAACGACACCCAUGGGUUCAGCAUGCUGGCCCCCGUAGAUCCUUUGGGACACAACUAUGGCAUCUACACAGUCACAGACCAGAACCCCAGGGUGGCCAAGGAGAUCGCUAUUGGCCGCUGCUUUGACGGCACCUCGGAUGGUUUCUCCAGGGAGAUGAAGACAGACUCUGGAGUGGCGCUGACCUUCAGCUGUCCAGAGAGGAAAAUUAGCAGAGAAAGCCUUUUCCAACGCCUGCAGAACAACCCGUCUCAGACUCUGGCACAGAUGGGGAGGAGCAUGAGGGAGUCGGACGGUAUGCAGGCGCAGAGAUUACCCACCCGGAUAGUGGCCUAUCCGUCAAAGCAGCAGGGCAGGACCCAGAAUCGCAGAACCACCUCUACAACCAGAAGAAGAGUGUCCAUGCGCACACAGCAGCGGCAAUAGAUGUUCCAAGCUCUUCCGCCAAGACUGAUAUUAUGCCGUCGAAUCAGGGAAGUAAAAGUGGCCUCGUCUGAUGAUGAGUUUGAACUCCCUCUUGACUAUGGAAACCAUCAAACAGAGGCAGACAGCAAUUCAGCAAAAAUAAUGAGUGGUUGAAGAUAUUCAUUAUACUUACUUGAAGGGUUUGGUAGAUAAAUGUCUUCCUUCUCUGAAAAGACAUGCAUUAUUUGACUGUGUGUAGCACGGUGACUGGCAUUCACAUAAUUAGCUUUGGUCUCAUUUAAUGUACGAAAAGACUGACUUGACGUUUGAGAAUGUAACUUUUAUAGUUCUGAUCUGUGGCAUUCCACUUUCCACUUGUUAUUCCUUUUUUGCAGACGUCUUUUCAAAAAACAAACAUUUAUAAACUAUAAAAUACUACGCCAGGCCCCAAACACUUCAUAAUUAGCCGUUGCUUUCCACUGAACUUUUCUUCUAGGUCAAAAAUAAAAAUAAAACUUGUUUUUGUACAAACUGGGACAUAUUCGCCACCAAAAGAGACAGCGGGCGAGGCUUGCCACCCAGGGAAUAGAGGAUGUCUUCCGUCAUGCUUCUUAAUGUUUUUUCAUUUGCGUGCCACAUUGCCGUCUGUGAAUUUUGCCAAACAUCCUUUCACACCUAGUUAAUGUGCUAGACCAGGGCCUCCGCCAAGACGAGCGUGGAUCUCGCCAGUGGCUGAUUGAGACAUAUGACACAAUUCCCUUCUGUCCUCGGCAUAUUCGAAAUUGGCCACACCAGAGAAACAUUUCUUAAUAAAAAGUUAAUAUUCCCAAAAUAUCUCACGUUCUCAGAAGACCUUUCGCAGACUGCUUCAGGGUCCAGCUUUGUUUUUGUUGGGUAAUGUGCUUGAGAGCUGCCUUUGUAUCUUGAAGUGCAAUAACUAUAUAAUUUAACUUAAGAAUUCUUGAAGAUCAGCAUGUAACCAACUAAUAAAUAAAAAGUUCUGCCGGGGAACAAAGCAACAGCUCGUUCAGUACGCGCGGUAGAUAGUGUCUCGUAUGAGACCUUGCACAGGAAACAUCAUUUAACUCCUACGUAUGUAAUCAUUCUUCAACUUUCUGAACUGCCAAGAGUCUAUUAAUCGUUUCAUACUUUGCUGCAUGACUCAGUUGAUUUUCUCCUUCUUCUUCUUUUUACAAUUUUUACUCCAGAGAGCAAUCUUGUUCGAGGGAGUUAAAACUCUCAGCGGAACCUUCUCUUCAUCAACACAACCCACUGUAUGAUCUGACACAUGAGAGUGACAAUUUAAAAAAAGUAACACGCCUGUGAAUUUAUUGGCCACGUUUUCAGAAUUUCUACUGUCACCGAAAGUCAAUUUAAAAUGUACAUCUUAAUACUAGAGAUAUAAAGACAGAUUAAUAGACAGAUAACAAAUAGUAGGCUAUUUUAAUUGAUGUAGGUGAUUAGAAGAAACCUUCCUCUGAUAAAAGUGCUAAACUUGUUUAUCUGCAAAAUGAGGAUUUACAGACCCCCGGGAAGAGCUCCUCAAGCUGAACUAAUCCAAAAUCAUGUACAGUAAGGGGGGCCGCGGUCCACCGAGGAACCAGGAGAGGCGUAGGAGUAAAUAUAAGUCUGCUGUUAAUUAGAAAAUAAAUGACUCAUCCUCUUGAGAACUAUUAAAACAGUUUGACCCUGACUUUCACAAACAGCCAAACAAGUUUGUGUCCAAGACACACAGGAUGAAGUUGAGUCAUCAACAAUAAACCGGGCACAAGGGGGAUGGUGGUCAAACAAAUUCUCCAUUACAAUGGCCAACUGCACACGCAACUCCAUUUAAGUCUGAUUACAUUUGUUAUUCCCAAUGUGCCACAGAUUUAUUGUUUAAAAGGUGUGCUUAAAAGUUGCCAAUGUGAAGUUGUGUGUAUAAAAAAUGACCAGCCUCAUCUGGUGAAACCCAUGGGGGCCAUAUUUUGUACGCAAGCUAACGGUAGAACAGAUUACGUUCGUCAAUUUGAAAAUCUAAUUGUACAAAGUUGCAGGUAGUCAUGGAGAAAUUGUGUUAAACUGCUCAGUGAACACACGGGCAUCGUUUGGAUAUUUAUACUGUUUUUAUCCAAGAAAACUGCACAAUCUUAUGACCAAUUGCUCCUUUCCCGACCUGCAGAAUUUAAAUGGACAGAUCUGUGUAAUUCAUGGCACAAUUCAAACAGGAACGUAGAAUCAUUGCCUCCUAAAGUUCCCAUGGUGGACCACCGAAAGAGAACCGCAACCCAACAGUUGUACUUGGCUCCACAUUGAGAAAGAAAAAACCCUACUUUUUUUUUCCAUUAUGUAAUCGGAGCUGCACACCCAAGAAAACCAGUAAUACAGGGCGAUACCAUCGCGAUUAUCAGACCUCUCUAAUCACAGGCCUGUGGGCUGCUCACAGAUCACCAGUUCAGAUAUCCAGAUCACAACAAACAUCUCCGUGUAGCAGACGUAUAGCAUCCACCCUGUUGGGGGGGAAAAAAAGAAGAAGAAGAAGAAGAAGAAAAAGCUGAUGAUUGAGUCCAGGUGUUAGAAGAGAUAAUUCCUGGACCAAUACAGUGGGUGUGUGAGGUCAGCUGAGGAGGCCCAACAGCUGGAGAGCAACUGGAGCAAAGACAUCAAGAGAACUAAGAGCGAGAUUAUCAAGUGAUGGAUUUCAUCAUUUUUGGGGAACUGUUUGGUAAAGUAGAAAAAAAGAAGGUAGGGAACAUAUUUGUGGGCUUUGGCCUCCCGGUCCAUCACUUACCGAAUCUCAGGCUCUUCAAAAGUGGUUGCACAUGGAAAAAUGCAGUGUUGAUGGGUUUUUUUUGGUAGAGGAUAAAGCUUUGACGGGAGAAUUGGCUCAUUGACGGUGAGAAGUUAUCAGAAGGGUCUGGAGGACAAGGUAACAACAAUAGGUGUAAGUAUUGUAAACCAUCAUGUGAGGCUUCGCAUUGGAAAGUGAGCGGCGCUCUCCAGAUAGUUACUCCGUCUUCUGGGGGAAGUUCAAAAGGAGAUUAAGGAAACCGUGAGAAGUUUGGCUUUGAUGACUUAAGAGCACGUCUCUAAAGUCUUCGGAAUCAAAGGAAGGGGAGUUUGAGCUUGAAUGUUUUUCUCGUUGAACUGGCGGUAGAAGUACAGCAACCGUUUCAUCUCACUGGGGGGGGGGAUCGCUCGCUGCCAAUACUAUGCACACGGCUUCGCGGCGCUUCGUGGAAAUCCGUUUUACACCUUUUAAAAAGGAAAAGUUUGACAUUGUGGGGCUUUGCUUGCAGAGCGUCAGACAAGACGAUCGGUAGCACUCUCAUCGAGAGUUCAUCGAGUAUGAGGUCGCAGCCAGCAGCCGCUUAGCUUAGCAUAAACGACUGGAAACCCCGCUGGUGGCUUAGCACAACUUGUUGAACAGAUGAGAUAAUCUCCAUAAAUGAGGAAUCUGUUGGCAAUGGGACACGGUGGGUUUGGCAUCUGAAGCGUUCUGUCUUGUGUGGUUUAUAGUCCGAGUCGUAUUGACCGAUCGCGUUCGUGAGAGGCUUUUAGCAUGGAUGGAGGUAAAUAAAUCCGUUUGGAGAGCAGAGCGGGCGGAACGAGCCAAAAUGCAAUCUUGAGCUUUGUGAUGGUUUAAAAUAAGCUUGUCGUUAUUAGUUAUGAGUCGACGUCGUCUCUCAACUCUGAUAAUCGUUCUAUAGACAAUGCAGCGAACAGAAAAGAGGAGUCUUGGCCUGGAUGUCCUGGACUUCACCGGAGUCAACGGGUUUAACAAGAUAUCGUGUUCAUUAGUGAGCGACGGAAAUUAUAUUUCAGUUAUCCAUUCCAAGUAAAGCUUCGUUAUUAGAACAAUUAUUCUUCGUUUUUUUGGUGCCAGGUAGAUUCCGAUGAUGUCAA